UAUAGUCGCGUACGAUGUUAAAGAGUGUCAUUAAUUAUGUCCUUUGAUAAGAUUUUGCGACGAAGCGCCUGACUGCUCGUCGAUUUUCCUUCCGGAAUGAAGCCACUUCGCUUACUACGUACAGCUGUUGAACAAUGUCGCGAAAGCUUUGGAUCCUCAUAUUUUUAUUAUGUUCGGCGGGAUUGAUCGUCUGCGCCCAUGGAGCCGGCAGCGAAGAGAAAAAUGGCACGGAGAUGUCGUCCAGCAGCAGCUCCGGAGAUUCCGGAGGCGGCAGUAUCGUAGACGCAAUAAUGUCCGACAUCAGCAAGUUCACCGACAAGCUCAUGGAUAUGAUUAAGGAUAUUCUGGACGGCGCGAAAUCGCUAGUCAUGGACAUCCUCGAAAUGAUCUUCAUGAGCGACGAUAAGAGCAUGACGACAACUCGUCGACGAAGAAGCGUCGACAGCUCCGAGGGAAGCUUGCCCGGCAACACGAGCAUCAUGGGCAUGAUUUCCAACAUUUUUCUCGCCCCCUUCAAGAUGGUAUUCGGUCUCGUGAAGGACUUAUCUCCCAGUUCCAUAAUCCACGGCGUGGAAGACGUUCUCUCGCCGCUCGAAGACGUUAUACACACCGCGCCGGUUCAAGCUUUCACGAACACGACCAAGAAAUUGUUCGACGCGGCUACCAGUGAGUUGUGGAACUUCACCAAGUCUAACGUUCUGCCGGAGCUCGACAAAGCUGCGACGACUCUUAGAAAGAGCGAUGCUUUGCCGUCGACUUUAAGUAAUUAUCUGGGAGAUCUGCAGGAUCUCUACAAGAUUUGUCGUACCUUGGGUAUAGUAUAACUGCUGUGUGACGACUCGCAGCAGGUUUAAUGAAUUUUUUUUGUAAGCAUACUAUUAAAGCGCAUAAUCCAUUGUGAUUGACACGAAAGCUCGA